AUGAGCGGCGGAGGCCGCUACACACCUAUUCUUCCUCUUUUCCUGAUUGGGUGUGGUCUGCUGUGGAUUGGAGGAGUUCCUCCAUCUGAGGAUAGAGCGAGGGCCGAUUUAGGCCCUCCCCUUUGCCACGAGGACAGCGAGUCCUUCGUGGCACAGGCGAGAGCGGCGACAGCGCCGCAAGUUACGGAAGAAAGCCAAGCAAGGGCGAGCGACCCGCGCAGAGCUGCGCUUGCUUGCCAACCACCACGGGACUAUGCCACCAAAAGCGAAGCCGGAUGCCAAGGCUUCGGCGAAGGGGAGAGGGAAAGGCCAGGAGGCCUCGGCACAGGCUUCUCGGCAGCAAUGAUGACAGCUCUUCAGGCAAUUACGGCCAGAUCUACGCAGGAUCUGUGGUCGUCCCCUGCAGCUGUCGCCAUAGACAUGUCGGUAGAACAGCAGAUUUCCAAGGCGGCGACGGCAUCCCACAAACUAUCAAAGCGCAUUGCGGGAGACGUCAAGGCCAAAGACGAGCUCAGCAAGGCACUUUCAGAAUGGACAAGUGCCAUUGGCUUCCCAAAGGCUUGGGCCCAUUUGGCCGGAGGCCCAGUCGAACGAGAUCCUUCGGAUUGCUGCAUCACUCCGAGCUUUCAGCGUGGUGCAGAGCCAGAUGGUGUUGCCUGGGAUCGUGGCUCCUUUGCUCCCGGGGUCUCGCAGUUGGCGGCACCAUCUACUGGAUUCGGCCACGGCCCUCUGAGCUUGGCUCCUGCAGUUCCCGGCGGCGGCAGCGCUUUUGGUGCUAUUUCCACUGGUGCAGGCCAGGACACCGGAGCUUUUGGGCUGCAAGGAUUCGGCGGGCGAGAACCAGGUGGCACACCCAUGCUAGGUGGUGCUACUCCAGAUGCAGGCGACCUCGUCCGGCAUCGUCGUUGGAAACGGGGGGGUGCGGCCGUACCUCACCGCCCCAGCAAGAGCCCUCGCCGCGAGGAGACCGCCGAUGCCCCCGAUGGUUCUGCUCCGACACUGUCUGCGGGCCCGUGGUGCAUGGAGGCCACCGGUCGCACUCCGGAUACAAUCCGCCGACCAGCUAUCACCACCUUUUCAGACGAUGCGGAGCUGAUACCCGACGGUGGUGGCGAGAGGGUUGGCGAAGGCCAAGUGUCCUGGCGCGCCGCCUGGCUACAGGCGGCGGCCUAUGUUGUCGCCAAUGGUGGCGACCUUAUUGGGGAACUCGACACUUCCCCGGAACAAGACGCCGUGUGGCCACUCCAGACCGACGACACGGCGAUCGAGGACGUCCAGGCAGAAGCAGCGACCUUCUGGAAGACGCUUGGGGCGUUUGUGCAGCAGGCCCAGGACGAACAGUUCCCUGGGAUGGUGACAUCUUGUCAGGAACUGCUGCAGCGCCUGCGACUCUGCCCGGGCUCCUUACCAGGUAUCCAGCAGGGUGUUUUGGUAGCAAUCCAUGUGACUCUGGGGAAUAUCCUGGACUUUCAGCAGUAUGGACCGGCUACCGCGCAGGAGUGGCUGUACCCUUCCCUUCUCCUGGAGCAUGGGUGCGAGUGUCGGGGGAUGAUUCCACGCCAGAUGUCAGACGGGAUGAGGCCACUCCUGAGCAUCCCAUGCCCAUAUUUGGUGACACCGUCAUUGGCGGAGGACUUCGGUUGGUUCUUGCCUUCCGCCUCUCUGCUCUUGCUGCCUGCAAUUGAUGCUUUCCAGGUGUGGCCAGUUCCCCCGGACGGAUUCGUGCCCACUGCGGGCGACUCUCUGCAGUCUGCCGCUACAGUAGACGAUAGGUUCGCUGUGAGCCUACCACUACCGCAUGUUGCCGAGUCCUCAUACCUUGCUGCGGAUGGCAACAAUGCUGUGGUGCUGUAUGACAAUGGACCGUCUCUCACUUUGCAUUUCGCACGCGUCCUGCCGCCGCUGGACAACCUGCCUCCUUUGCAAUAUGUGGCCUUGAGGUGCGUACACUUCGUUGCCCCACCCCGGGAUCGCACCCAUCUAACUGUCAUGCUCGACACUGGUGGCCGAUACAUCUGUGUCGAUGUCCAGCCUGGCCGCGGGGUACGACACGGAGAUGUCCUCCGGGCAUACGAGGAUGAUGAGAGCUUUGUGGCAUCUGGGGUUCUGCUCGGUGUUCAGCGGUCGGUCUACAUAGAAUUCCACUUCGCCGGCCGGCCGUUGACCUUUUCUGCCUUCCGCGAGCUGGGUACAGCACGGCACCCCGUGUAUGGUCGCCUUUGGGCUGCUGUCUUUGCACGAAACCCGGAGGUCCUGCACCAUUCUGCUAACGUCACCACCGGCGCCGAGGCUGGUUUCCAAGUCCAGAGUUAUCAACUGGGUUGGAGGCUCCUCCUAGGGGAACAAACAUUGUUCCCCCAGAACGCCAUCAUGAUGCUCUCCAGCACCGGGCCUUCAAUUCAGUGGCAGCUCAGCAUCCUUACCACUAGGCUCGAGGAAGCAGGAGUUUUCAAUGAGGUUGACCACUGGGAGGAGCAGCAACCACGCUCCGGCACAACGCCGAUCUCCACCCUGCCUUCCUCGCGGUCCUUGGGGGUCAUGGAGGAGGACGCACCGGAACCCAGUGAGCCUGUGCCACCUAGCUCCCCUUCCUACAGUGGCGUGCUGCCGCCCACGCCCGACACUACCAUCGACGGCGAAGGCAUGGCGAUGACAGUCAGAGCCAGCGAUGAUACCGGCGCAAGCACCGCUGUCCCGAUACAAGGUGACCUGCACCAGUGGAUCCCUUUGAUCGCACCCUUAUCCCGCUGUGAAUUGCUUACGACCUGUAUUGGCACGGGCUUUAUCUUCGAAGAGAUGCUGCGAGACUACUCGGCACGGCGGGGCUGGCAACCUCUGGUUAGUGUGCAACCGCAACCGGACGCCGCGGCGAUCCAUCUCAUCCCGGCAGCAGCCGACUCUUCCCAGGUGUCAGUUUUGAUACGAUCGGGAGAAGCACUCUAUCCUCGGUGUCUCCCACGCUCGAUCAUCAGGGGUAGAGGUCUCCAGGUUUCGGUCAGAGGCCAGCGUGGGCGCAUUCGCACGCCGUACUCUACUGGUCGGGAUCCGGAGCGUCCCAUCCACCUGCGAGAUGGCGAUUGCCUACAUGCUGACAUGGGCCCUUUCGGGCCGCCGCCUCCCCAGCCCGUCAAUUCAAAAGCGGCCCCUCUGUGUAUGCCGUUGGUACUUAGUUUCCUUUUGGGGCUCCGAUUUCCUCUCCUCGGGGCUGUUAUGUUGCCUCUUAUAGGGGGACCUUGCCAACAUAGCGUCGAACCUCGUCGAGUCGAAUACUCUCUUGGACAUUUCCCGUGGCGGCUGCCUCGCCAUUCCCAGUCCAUGGACCACAUAAGUGGUACCAGGGCCUGUCGUACCCUGUACUUGUGCCCAUGGUGCGGUCCACAAGGGGUCUUCCAUGGUGCUGGCGCCUUAACUUUGGAUGAGCUUGCACAACGCUAUCUGUCUGAUGAUCCAGCUAUACCUCGGCUUUUUCCUGUCUGGCCGAGCGACCGGAUGGAUAGGCUCACCUUUGUGCCGGCAAUCAGUGAGUCAGCAGGCCUCGUAUGUGUGGUGGCUCGGAUUCAGGGGGCUCAAAAGUCCUUGAUUGUCCCUGCCCUCGUGCAGUAUGAUCAGAUCUGCAGAGCCGUCCAAUACAACACACCUUGGGAAGUCUCCCAGGUGCGCUUCCCACCUGCAGUCCACGCCGCGCGGCUGGUCCGGCCUCGUGCCCCACUGCUUCUCCGCACAGGUGACGUGCUUGAUGUUCUCGCUUGCCGAGAAGAUGCACGCGAAGUUUGGCCUCAUAGUCCUGUCGCCUUCAAGGAUGGCACCUUAUGGACACGCCGGAUACACUUAAGUUUCCCUCUCCAAAUCCUCCUCUGGCUGCCGACUGCCCCUCAACCAAUCCGAUACACCGUGCCAGCCGGCUCUGUUUGGGACCCGGCGGUGCUCUCUUUCAACGGCGACUUUCGGCGUUCCUUUGCGGGGUCAUGGGUUCCGGUUGUGUGGAGCCCUAGUCAAUGGAUCCAUCUCAUACAGGCGUCAGACGCCUCGCAUACGGCUAAUAUUCUGGUCGAGAGUGGCGGUGAAUUGCUAGCCCAGUCUACCGGUCGGAUUGUCUCUCCGGCCGUGUUUGGUGCCGACAGAGGUCUGGAGGCCCCCAGGCUUGGGCCACUUGGUGUCGCCAGGGAGCGCGUUACUGAUCGGUGGACUCUCCGAGAUGGAGAUGUUAUUUUCGAUCACUCGGGCACUGAGACUGAUCUGAUUGCCUGGGAUGCUAGCGGUUGUCGAACCCACGUCUACUUACUGUUUGUUGCCUCCCUCCUAGGGCUUAGCACAGGCAGCCGCCUGGCUCCGGCUACGGUUCUUUUGAUUCCUUUCCUACAGGCGUGCAGUGCAGCUCGUGAGAGGUCCAGAUCCAAUGAACGCCAGAGUGACUCGGACGAGGACUGCACUGUUGCACUGGUGGGACGGUGGCGGCCUGAAAUGCCACAUCCUCUUGCCGAUGUAGUGUCGGACCAACGGUGGGACUACCAUGUCUUAUGCCCGUUCCGCGGAUGGAGCAGUUGUGUGCGUUCUGACGCUAGCACUCCACAUUCUGCGCUGCAGUCCAUGGUUGAGUCCUGUAGUGGUGUUUGGGUUAGGGGUCAUGUUGUCCUAGGCCCGAGUCGCAUCACGAGCCCCGGUGUGGUUUUGCCGAUAGCUGGCAGCGGACUAGCCUCGGUUGUUGUUCAGGCGGGGGAUACCAUCAGGGCCGUUCUGGUCCCGAGGGUCUGCCGACUACACACCCUCCUUGAGUGCUGCCGCCGGUUCCUAGGCGCGACGGGCGACCGCCUUAGCCUGCCCCCUGCCUUACAACACCCACAGAUGCCCCCAGAUGCACAGUUACGUCUGCGAGACGGUGACACGGUUCUGUUGGAAGUCAAUUACUUCAAUCGCGCCUUCCGAGCCCGGCCGGAUGAAUCGGUACACGAACUGUACCAUCUUAACCAUCUCAACCUGUGGCAUGCACGUUUUCGGGUCCGGCGUGGGGGCUGGAUCUAUGUUUGGCAGGACACCGACAAUCCUCUUGAGCAAUGCCAAAGGUAUUGGGUAGAGAAGGGCAGCGUAUGGACUCCUGCGGGGUGUCAUUUCGCGCAAGUGCGGGGCGAGCCCUUGACUCCAAAGAUAGUGCCUGUCCCUUGCCUUCAGCCGUAUGAGUGCCAUUUUGUUCGCAGAACCGAACAGUGCGAAGCACAGGUUAUCCUGCAUGACCCGACAGGGACACCGGAAACGGAAUGCAGGUUGAUCUCGGUAGGAGGGCCGGGCCACCACGUUCCCGGCGGAUGGCAACUGCGCCCUGAUUUGCGCCUGAAAGCGCCUGAUAGCCUCCUCCGGGAUGGCGACGUUCUUGUACCUGUGAACCGCGCGUCCGCCCGGUCUCGGCUUGCGGACCUCCUUACUGCCCUUGGUUUAGCCCGGAGUCAGACUCACUUCGUUGCAAUAGUCAUUCUCGGUGUCGCAGCUAACGUUGAUGCUAUGCUGGUGCCCCCAGUAGAGUCGCAGGCUGCUGACACGGGUAACGUUGGUAUGUUUCCGUGGCGCUUACAAGCUCAUGAGCGUGCUUGCCACGAGGCCGUGGCUCCAGAGGGCACUGCCCGCCUGUUCUCCCCAUUUAUGGCUGAUACAGAACCUCUGCCCAUCAACCCCGACUCUACGGUGGAUGAAGUGGCUAUCGCUUUGUCCAGUCGGGGUCCUGCAUGGCACACACAGAUCAUGCCACUGUGGCCGGCGCUUUGGUCACCACAUCUCUGUUUCGUUCCGGCGCCGGAUGACCCUCGGCUUGUGUGCAUUAUGGUCGUAUCUCCUGAUUGGCAGCUACCAUUGAUCAUACCGAGGCGCACUGAUACCAACUGGCUGCGGUCUCUGCUCCAACAGCUCGGGCCGGGCGCUGUCUCGACAGUUCGUCGGCCCCCACAGGCCGCGGCAGCCUGCUCCGGACCCAAUGACGCGGUUGACUGGCGCGACGGCGAUGUGGUUUUGGCCUUAGGGCCCGGCGGUCUGUCCAGCUACGAUCCGCCGCGUUUCAUCACUGGUCUGGCGGUUCGCACCGCAGCAAGAUGGUCCUUGGACUUCCAGUGUGAAUGCGCCUUACCAGUUGUCAUGUGGGCGCCAGGAAGCCGACCGCUUCGCACUACUAUGCCACCAGGGAGCCGCUGGAUCGCCUCCCAGGCAACUUUUACUGGAGAGUUCCAGCAGCGUUACCCGGGGUGCUGGGUACCUGUCCCAUGGGCCUAUUCCCAUGAUGUGCACUUGUGUCUCAGGUCUGAGGACGAGAUCCAUUGCCACAUUAUUGUAGAAGAGCUGGUUGGUGACAAGCUACAGGGCACUUGCUGGAGUGUUAAUGCCCGUGUCACUCCAAGGGCCUUCGCACUGUCAUGGGGGCUUAGAGUAGGAGCUACCUGCCUGUUAGGUGUCCCCGAUCGGGCGACCGACUGGCCACCCCUGCGCGACGGGGACAUUCUCCAUUUCCCGCACCAUGCCAGAUCUGCGGCAGGUCGUGUCGGCAAACUGCUCGGCCUCUGGGCGUUGGGAUUGUGUACGCUUCUCGACCACCGCCUGUGCGCUUUUCUUCUGGUUAGCGCUCACCUCCCAGCUAGUGUUUCUGUUAGGCCCGCCGACGCGCAAGGGCUGAGAGUGCGACACUGGUUGUGGAGUCCUCACCGGGGGCGCCUUGGUCCGGUGUUAUGCGGUGAUCCGGCUGUCAGUGAACGGGCCCUUUAUCAGCUGGAACCGUUGUGGGCUCACGGAUUCACGCGGGUGCGACCCCAGCUAGAUGAUCAUGAUGUGCAUUGGGUGCCACGGGCUAUGGCCAAUGACCUAGCCAACAUCCUUGCGUUAGGGUCCCCCGGCCCAGUAGUAAUCACUCUUCCCGGGCGCAUAUCUAAAAGGCUGUUACUUCGAGUGUUGCGAGGCUACUUCCCAACCUCGCAAACAGUCAAGGGGAACCACCCAGCUCUAGGCCCUGCCGCUGCAGCCGAUGCCAAUGUCUUCCUAAAUGACGGGGACCUCUUGGCGGUUAGCGGGCAUGCAUGGGGGCCGUCCCUCCCUUUUCACAUCCCGGUGCGUUUCGACGACCCGGUUGACGCACAAUGUCGCGGACUCUGGAGCCAGGAUCUCACGUUUGAGGGCUUAGGGGUUGUCUUCCUUCACCGCCGGUCUGACAUACUGCCCACGGUGGUGCCUCUGAAUGGUCCCCAACGCUGGCAUGCACACGCCUGCUCCAUUCACCCUGCUCUUUUGUCUUGGCCGGACGCCUGGUGGCCCUGCCCUUCUCGCACCCAUUGCUGUGACGGCCUACACCUUUGCCUCCUCGCCGACCUUCUAGACUCAACCGAGGAAGCAUUCCGGACCUCGCGCACCCUCCCGCGGAGGCCGGGACAGCCGUCCGGAGACAGCGCGACCCCAGCGGUCUCUUCUGACGACGGGGAGCCACCGGAUUCCGCCCACGUCCCGUUGCCCUUCAACAGUAAAAGCUGGGGUCGUCGACCGGCAGCCUCUGGGGCCUUGCUUAGAUUUGGGUGCUUCUCCUGUCUGAUGCUCCCACGUCUCGGGGUUCACGGGCGCCGGGGUGGGUGCUUGGCUAGCUGGAGCUUAGUUAUCCUCGGUGUCUAUCUUUCGGCGUACGGAGCCCCGUCAUGGCAGCGAGAGCAUGAUCACUGGGUCGCCGAUUUGACUGAUGUUUGCCGACUUCAGGCCGACAUGCAUUCGACCUGGCUUUCCCGGCGACAGCACUCAGAGCUCCCGCAGGAGUUGCCGUGGGCAUAUCACGGGUCUUGGAAUGCCUAUCCGUUAUGGGCAGGUGGGGUUCCUGACGAACUCCUGAUUGCCACCGAUGGUAGCGGCGCUGGCACUGGGUCCUGGGCCUUUAUCGUCUGGGGCCUGUUCGGACACCGCUGGUACCGAGUUGAUUGGGAAGCGGCCCGGUUGACCAGUGUAGGAUGGCUGUCGGAGCUGCCACCGACACAUGUUACCGACACCCGGUCUUACCACGGUGAACUCGCGGCGCUGCAAGCAGCAGCCAUGUGGUGCUUGGCUCAGCUUGAUCAGUGGGAAAUCUACAUGCGAUCCUCCCCUCGUCUCACCACCCUUGCAGUUGACAAUUCCUCAGCACUGACAGUCGCGGCUGGGCACGCGGCGGCCGCUCAGCCCUGGGCCGCCAGCACACCCACUUGGGUUCUGGAUUAUGGUGAUGUUAGACCGCCUCAUGCACUGCCGUGGCACUCGACCUUCCAAGCCUUAGCGCCCUGGCUCUGGCUCAUCCCGCAGGCCAAGAUGCAUGGCGGGCGGCCCUGUUUCUCACUUGCGAUCGGGGAUGUUGGGUGGUCCCCACCGCAGACCUCUGUUGACACUGCUCCUCUGAGCAACGCCGAUACUCCCACACCGGUGCCGCUCUGCAUUACGACCGCAAAUAUUCAAUCCAUCAAAGAUGCUCCUUCUAAUCUGUUCAACCCCUCGGGACAUGCUGCUCGGCGUCAGUUCCUGAUGAGCCAGGCCUGCCAGCUUGGCAUCAAUAUCCUCUGCUUGCAGGAAGCCCGGAGUAAGGCAGGCCGGUGGGCGGUUGGCGGUUGGCUCACAUGGCGUUCCGGAGCCUGGAAAGGUCAGUAUGGCUGCGAAAUUUGGGUUAAACCGGGCAUCGUCUCGCCACCGUUGCAGUUGGGUGACUGGCGCAUCUUGCAUAGUUGCCCACGUCUCCUUGUAAUCACUUGCGUUUCUGAGCAGUUUCCGGUCACUAUCUGCUCUGCGCACGCCCCACAUUCUGACAGACCCGAUGCUGAAGCAAGGGCCUUCUGGGACCUCCUAGCGACCGUCCUUCAAGCCACGCCCAGGCGGCGUGCCAUUGUGCUUGGGCUCGACGCUAACGGCGACUUCUGUUCUGCCGACGAUGAGGGAGUGCUGAUCGGCACCUUGAUAUCCCAGCACGAGCCUUCUCGUAACGAUGAAUUUCUUCUCGAAUUGUGUCUGCGGUUCGGCCUUUUCGCCCCUUCCACCUUCAGUGACACCCAAGUUGGAGAAGGUUGGAGCUGGCAGCACACUAGUGGCCGGAGGAAACGGCUAGACCACCUUCUCUUCCAAGCCGGUCCCUGGGAGGUUGAGAGGUCUAGCCAAGCCCUAGCCUUUGACAUCGUAAAUGUGCAGCAAGAUCACGUCGCCCUUUGGGCACAUACGAUCCUUAGGGCGACUGCCCCGGCGGUGCCCCGCCCUCGGCAGCGGAAGUGUCUUCCGGCCGAGGUGCGUGGGGCCGGCAGCGACAUCUGGUCCCGCAUCCAGCGUCAAACGCCUGUUGGCUGCCCUGCACAGGUCCAGCAGCUGCUGGAUGUCUACUCAGUCUGGAGGCAGGCCUUGCCCUCGCGCUCUCCUCUGGUACUCAAGCAGCGGUAUAUCCAGGCCAAGACUUUGCAGCUUCUAGGUCGGCUCAGGGACUGGCGGGCCCAGUGCCGCUUAGUCAAGCAAAACGGUCGCGCGCUGCUCCUUUCGCUCUGCUUCGGAGGGUGGAGGCAGCGCUGUUAUGGAGACCGCCUACCCCACCUCCGCUGGCAUCAACAGCGUCUGCUUGAGGCUGCGAUGUUAUCACAGGAAUUCCGCCUCAGUCGCAUUGCACACAAUUCUGCAAAAAAGGACAAAGUGCAACAUUUCAUCCAUCUCACGGCCUCCGCAGUUGAGCUCUGGCAUCAGGAAGGCCGAGCUCUUGAGUCCAUCUCCAAGCUGCGAUGGGCCUCGCGUCGUGCUGCUGAGCGGAGAGCCGUCCACGCAGCGGGCGGCUACAAUAUCGAGCAAGAACUCGAAGAACAAUUCAGAGCCCAGGAAGGGGGGCGCGCUGUUACGCACGAGCAAAUUCGUGCUGCCCAGCGAUCCUGGGCCCACUCUCCCACGGUACCUUGUCCACAGGCGGUACCGACUCUCCUCCAGAUGGAGGCUGCUUGUCGUAGGCAGCAGGCCGGGAAGGCUCCUGGCCCCGUGCUUAACGAGCUCUGGAAACACUUUCCCGUUUCUGCGGGCCUCUGGUUCUGGCGUGUCUGCACUGGCAUCGCGCUGACGGGCCGCGAGCCGCCCCAGUUCAAGCUCGCUCUCAUAUGCGCCCUGUAUAAGAAGGGCCCAGCUGCCCUUCCACAAAACUACAGGUCUAUCGCACUGCUGAAUGGCAUGGCCAAGGUGUACCAUGGAUACCUCAGGAAAGGUAUCGGGCACUCGAUUCUACGCCGUUACCAAGGACUCCAACUCGGAGGUCGCCCAGGCAUGCCUGUCCACUUCGCGGUUACUGCAUUCCGUUGCGCGUGGUCACUUUGUGUCGAGGCACAGCGGAGUGUUGCGGUUCUCUUUGUUGAUAUCAAGGCCGCCUAUUAUGAGGCGAGCAGGGACCUCAUCUUCGAUGGCGGCCCUUUGUCUCUGGAGCCCAGCGAACAGCGGCUAUAUCAUUUGAGCGCUCUCGUUGACCAAUUGGCACGGGCGGGCGCCCUUCAGCUUCUCGGUGUCCCGGAGGAAGAAAUUGCGCUCCUCAAGGACUGUGUCGCUUGUGCUCACUGGCACUUGGUGGGGUCCGACCGUCUGUUUCUUGCAACUCGGGGCUCACGACCUGGCGACGGACUAGCUGAUAUCCUCUUUGGCUCCCUCUUCGCCAUUGCGCUACGCCACAUUGAAGCUGUGUGUGCUAAGGACGGUCUAACUUGCCAGGCUGCUUGUUUCGCCUCCGGAUCCCCCCCCACCCCGCUUCAGAUAGGGUGGGCUGACGACCUCGCGGUCAUUACUGAUUACGCUAGUCCUCGCGAACUGCCCCGGGUUGCGGAAAUUGUCAUAGACACCUUGCAUGCCCUGCAUUUUUCCGUUAACCUUGGGGAAGGGAAAACCGAGGCUCUCCUUGACAUCAGAGGCAAUGAGGCCAAGGCCGUACGAGGUGAAAUGCUUGGGUCGACCCGACCGCUAACCCUCCCUAAUGGUGCCGAGUUGCGACUGACACCUGAAUAUAGGUAUCUUGGGGUUGUCCAGCAUCCCAAGGAUAACGGCCGCAGAGAUUCUGAGCUUUGUGCUCAGGGAGGACGCACUGCGUGGGCUCACGGUCGCAACUUGAUUAGCAGCGACGCGCUACCUUGGGCACUUCGGCAAGCGUGGGUCGCUGGUAGGAUCCUGCCCGCGGCGUACGCAACACUUGCUACCUCAGUCGCGGUGUCCGAACGGGCUACCGCGCCUUUGCACGGCCUGUUCGAGCGGAUUGCCCGGGUAGUGUGUGGAUCAUGGCGCUUCGGCCACCGCCUGCACCGGUCCGUGCUUCUCUGCCUUCUUGGACUGACGGCCCCUGAGCAUGCUGUUGUCGUUGCUCGCACCCGCCUAGUCGUCCAGCUCGUUGGCCGGGCACCUACCGAGGUGUGGGAUCUCUUCGACGCGGCAUGGAAUCGUGCUGUCCCCUGGUGUGCUUUGCUCGCAGAUGCCUGCAAGUCAGUUGCCCGCGGCGUUGCGGGCGCCCAGCGCCAACAUGUCCCUUCGGCCUUGGCCUUCGUGCGUGCCAACCAUCGAGGGAUGCUGAAGGCCUGCCGGUUUCUCAGCAAAUGGGGCACUCUCCAGUGGGCUUUCUGGGACCUGUGGCAGGCGCUGUCCGGACCCAGGAAUACCCCACAGACCGGGUUAGGCCGAAAGUUAUCUUGA